GUCGAAGAGGAUGAUAGUAUUCCCCUGUUCUCUGGAAUCACUGCUUUCGAUUCUCCUCCUACUGUUAAAGAAGAAGCAAAGCCGGACAAGGUCAAGAUAGAAGGCAAGCGGCGACUCUGCAAAGUCUCAUAUCGAGACAGCAAUGAUACUCACAGCAAUGUGGUUGCUGGUGAACCAGAAGUUUCUGGAAUUACUGAUCUUGAUUCACCGUUAUCACAACCUAAAAAUGUGAAGGAGAGUGACAAUGCAAGGGGUGGGAAUGAAAUUAGAGAUAUUUUAGAUGAUUUAAGCUCAAAGCUUCACCUUUUAUCAAUUGAGAAAAAGAAAGGCCCUGAAAAACGUGAUUUAGUUGGUGGUUUUUCGGGCUUGGUGAAAGAUGUCACUCUGAAGGAGGAGGUUGAUUUGCACAAAGAUGUAAUUGCUGGAUCUCUAUUUUCUGUCACAUCUAAUCCAUCUGAUAUCUCUCUGGCCAUGACUAGGAAUGUUGAAGAUGUAGUUGAGAAUGUGGUGGAUGAGCACGAGGAUGACCAAAACUUAUGGAGGGAGUCCAAGAGUGAGAGAGCGGAAGAGAAAAAGAACAAUGGUGUAAGUGAAAGGAAAAGUGAAGUUGGAAUGUUCAAUGACGAAUUGGCAUAUGUGAGGCAGUCUUUUGAAUACAAUAUUGUUGAUGAUGAGGAACAAGAGAAUGUUGAUGUACAGUUAAAACCCAAGGCCGUUGCUUCUAUGCAUAGAGAAGAAAAAACUAAAAAAAUUGGUCAAAAACCAAAGAAAAGAGAACCAAAAGAGUCGCAUGAAAGAUUACAAUAUGUUGGACGAUCCACAGUGUCUGAUGUUAUUACUGAUGAAGCAAGGGGGUAUAAAGAUAAGUUCAUGGGACGCAAUCACCCUUUUGGAAGAGAUACACUCGAUGAUUGCGUAGAAGAGAGUGCACUCCGGGAUGAAGAAUCCAUUAUUUUGGAUGGCCAAAGAUCAACUUACGUCUUACCUGGGAAAAUUGCAAAGAUGUUGUACCCACAUCAAUGUGAGGGGUUAAGGUGGCUUUGGUCUUUGCAUUGUCUAGGAAAGGGAGGGAUUUUAGGUGAUGACAUGGGGUUGGGAAAAACAAUGCAGAUUUGUGGCUUUCUUGCUGGUUUGUUUCAUUCCAGAUUGACUAUAAUUGGAUUGGUUGUUGCCCCCGGAACACUGCUUCCU